AGCUAACGGCAAUUGGCAACGGAUAAAACGGUUAACGAAUAGUCAUGGCGAGUCUUGUGAAUUGGUAUUGCAAUCGCAGGCUUGUUCAGGCCACAUGUUCGCUGCUUCUGCUGCAACUGUUGGUCGGAGUUACAGGCUUUCCGGAUGGAGCGCCGGCGGAUACGUGUGUAAAGCAGCGUGCCAAUCAGCCUAAUCAUGGCAAAGCGCGCUCCCAGCCGGCGCAUACAAAUCCAUUUGAGGUGGUGGCCAGCACACAGACCUAUCAUCCCGGCCAAGAAGUCUCGGUGGUCAUUUAUCCGCAGGAUCAACACGCAACCAAAACAUUCCGCGGCUUCUUUCUGCAGGCGCGUGAUGCCAAUUCUAAUGAAUGGAUUGGUGAAUGGGUGCAGAGCGAUAACACCAAGACUAUACCGGAGUGCUCCGCAAUAACGCACUCGGAUAAUCGUGAUAAGUUGGGCGCUAAGCUAAUAUGGAAGGCGCCGCAGAAUAAACGAGGCAAUGUCUAUUUUACCGGCACUGUGCUACAAGAUUACGGCAACUUCUGGAGCGAAAUCGUUGGCAAGGUGCAAGCGGAGUCAUAAAGUUAAACACUUAAAACUCAGUUCUAAUUUUAAAACAAUAAUGUGGCAAUAAAUCAUCAACAAAUAAUGUA